AAGAGGGACACAAAAGCCUAGGGUUUUAGCUCCACACACUCAAUCAUGGCAGAGGCAACCGUCGCUGAAAUCGCCGAGACCGAGACCGAGACCAACACCGCGGCGGCCGAGGACAUGGACCUCGAAACCGCCCCGGCCCAAAACCCGGACGAGGCCCAGAACGGCGACGCAAACUCUAAGCGGGCCAGGGAAGAAGAAGAGAGCGGCGGCGACGGCGCGGCGAAGAAGACGAAGGUGGAGGAGGAGAAGUCAGCGGAAGAGCAACGAUUGGAGAAGUUAGGGGAAGGAGAGAGCGAGGCGGGUCGGGUCAUCUUGGGUCCGAAGAGUUUCGGGUCGGCCGUUGAGAUGUUCGACUAUUUCUAUAAGCUACUCCAUUACUGGCCAACCGAUCUUAAUAUUAAUAAGUAUGAAUAUCUGGUUUUACUGGACUUGCUCAAGAAGGGUCACUCUGAGCCUGAUAAAAAGAUUGGUGGAGGAAUCCAGGCUUUCCAAGUUCGGUUCCACCCAUUGUAUAGAAGUAGAUGCUACUUCCUUGUUAGAGAAGAUGGAGCCAGUGAUGAUUUUAGUUUCAGGAAGUGUGUGGAUCAUAUACUUCCCUUGCCAGAGAACAUGAAAGCACACGCUGAUGCCAACAAAGCCUUAGGCGGUGGCAAGGGUGGUGGGGGGAGAGGAAGCUGGCGUGGCCGUGGAAGGGGCAGGUCAAGAAACUGAAUCAUAGUCUCGUAUUCCCUUCCUGGAGUUUGAGUUUAGCAGAGGCUUGAGAAAAGUUUUGGACCAGCUUAUUUCCCUUCUACCAUAUCAAAAGCUAAAACUGUUGUAUUAUCCAAAUUUUGAUUUUUAAUGGAUUUUGCUGUUGCUUGGUGAUCA